CUGUACGUAUAAGUGAGUGAUUUAGAUAUACUCACGUCGUUAUCCUCCCCUUUUACUUCCGCUCUCGCGUGAGAGAAACAAACGAAGGAAAGCUGGGAAGGAUCGACUCUCUGAUCGCCAGAGACGCGGGAGAUUCCACACACUGAAACGCUUCUCUGGAAAAAUGGUGGCGAGGAGGGCGCAGCAGGACGACGGGCUUCCACCGGGAUGGACCGUGCAAUUGAAAGAGAUGAGGAGUGGUCGCACAAUCAGGUAUUUGGUGAAUUCUCAAACGGGUCAAACUUUCUCCUCGGAGGAAGAUUUCAUUCGCUAUGUUAAAAAGAAGAGUACCCUAGGUUCUCAAAAUGAAGACCCUCAAACCGAUAAGAGACGCACUGAAAGGCAUUCAGAAAAUAUCGACAUAAAAGUUGUAAAGGAAACUGAUGAAGAAUGGUUACCUGAUGACUGGGAAGUGGAAACUAAAAUCCGGAACAGUGGUUCAAGUAGUGGAACCAAGUACAAGUGUUAUAUCGAACCAUCAACUGGACAUAAAUUCUACUCAAAGCCAGAGGUUUUUCGGUAUCUCAAAGGCCUGAAGCAUAAAAGCUGCUUAUCCAAUCAGAAGAAAGCAGGCACUGUUGGGCAUUCUGCAAGCAAAGCAUCAUGUGCAGCUAAAAGGCAGAAACUACAACACCCUACAAGCAGAUUGCUGGCUUCUACAGAUAAGCAGAGUUCUGAUAGGAGCAGCUUAGCAGUUCCAGAAACUGAGGCCUCGGAUAAAAGGCUGCGCAGGAGGGGGUCUGUAGGGACUCAGUUUCCUGUAGCUCCCUCAUCUGAGAUUGUUUCAGAAAAACCUUCAGUAAAGAAACAAAAUGAUCGUUAUGAUCUGAAAGGGAAUAUCUCCCUUGGGAGUGAGAUGGAAAACAGCGUGAGUAGAAAUAAUUCUGGCAAAUCCAAUAAGAACAAAUGGGUUAACCUUCCUUGCCGGUCUUCAAAAAGACUUGCUGGGCUUCAUUCAGAACCUCCAAAGGUUGACUUUUCUGAGACAAAUCAGCAGAAGAGUACUCCAACUGAGGAUAGAUCUGUUUCAAAUUUUGGGUCUGACCUGUUAGGGAAGAACUCAAUUGAGUGUGGGAUGGAGAAAAGUAGCGGUAGAAGAAAUAAUUCUGGCAAACACAAUAAGAAGGGUGGGCUUGACCUGCCUCGCCGAUCUUCAAAAAGACUUGCUGUGCUUAAGACAGUAUUACCAAAAGUUGAAUUGUCUGAGACAAAUCAGCAGAAGAGUGAUUUCAGUGGUGACAAGGCUGUUUUCGAUUCUGCUGUUGAUCUGAUUGGGAAGAAUUCACCUGAGAGUGGGAUGCAGAAAAGUAACAAUAGAACUAAAAUCAAUUCUGGCAAAUCCAGGAAGAAGAAAUGGCUUGACCUGCCUCGCCGAUCUUCAAAAAGACUCUCUGGUCUUAAAGCAGCACUACCAAAAGUUGAAUUGUCUGAGACAAAUCAGCUGGAGAUUCCUUUGAAUGAUAACAAGUCUGUUUUAAAUUAUGCACCUGAGUUGAUAAGGAAGAGCUCACUUGAGUAUGGGAUGGAGAAAAGUAGCAGUAAAAGAAGUAGCAAUAAUUCUAGGAAAUCAAAUAAGAAGAGCGAACUUGAUGUGUGUCGACGAUCUUCGGAAAGACUUGCGGGCUUUAAAGCUGGGAUGUCUGGGAACACAUCCUCGAGUGAGAAAGUGCUUCAGAAUGAAGUUAUGGAAAGUGAAAAUGAAGCCGUCCUGGCUAUGGACUUUACUCCAGAUACUUUGGCGGAUGAAGAAUCAGGUCUAUUUGACGCUAGGCCCAUCUCAGAAUUUGCUCGUCAUGCUUUUAGUGUAGAAAGUAUUCCAUCAAUUGGAGAGCUAUUGGACAAGAGCCAAAAAUAUCUUGAUGACCAAGUUGUUCCCGCGGAUAAAUUUCUAAAACUUGACACUGAGAAAUCCAAUUAUGAGAAAUCUGACUUGCUAUUUGGGGAUCCAUGCUUAGAGUUUGCAUUCAAGACUCUUACCGGUGCAAUGCCACAUGAGGAUGCUCUUGCUAGCAUACCGAUUUCUACUUGUGCAGCGGAUAUCCUGCAGGAAGAAAACUUGAGUGGCAGAAAGAUGGAAAAGAGCUGCGAUAAGAAAUGUUGGACUGAUGUUGGUGGAUCCAAGGAAAAGAAAGAGCUAAACAUGCCUUGUUGGUUGUCGAAACAAACUGCUGGGCUUGAGCAUGAACUGGUGGGCAGUUCAGCUCUACAGAUUUCUGCUAGAAAGUCUUGUGAAACCAAACCCAAUCUAGAUUUAAAUUUGGCCUUAGAUAAUUUGCCCAAUGGAGCCUCGCAUAAGCUUAAUAGUGGGUCAGAAAUGGGACUUGUGUAUCGUGAUUCAUCAUACCCAAAUGCCCCAUUACAUGAAGAACCAUCGAAGAACGAACAGAUUCUUAAAGAUCGAAAUGUUUCUGAAGAGGAAAUUGGGUCCAUUGGAUCUGUGAAAGUGAAUGGUGAGAAGCCAGUGUCACAGACUGUUUUUCCUUCUGGGGACUAUUGGUCAGAUCCCUGCCUGGAAUUUGCAUUUAAAACUCUUACAGGUGCAAUAUCUUUGGAGGAUAAUUUCGCAGUUCAAGAUUACCCUCAGCCACAGCUUGACACUUUCCAUAGACAAAGGGAUGGUAACUUGGCACUGCCUGAUUUUAGCUUACCCAGCCAUUUCCAAAGUGAUAUCUCAUCCCACUUUGAUACAUCAGAAAGAGGGCCAGGUACAAGACAGCAACUACCAUUGAAUCCUUCCGUGCCACCACCCCCAGGAAAUAAGAGCUUACCAAGUUGCAGUGCUGUUGAUGCUCAGCAGCCUUUUACGGAGCAGAAUAAGGAUAUUCAAGGAAAGUUGAGCUCCUAGAGCCAUUCUUUCCAAUUAGAAUCAUGCUAGAUGUAGCAGACAAUGUGUAGGUGCUACUCUUUUCCUUUCUGGCUUUAUGGAUAUUUAAUCAAGUGGCUUAUGCCUUCCAAUUGUACGAUAUACUAUGUUGGGAUUUUUUGGCCUUUGAUUGGACUGCGUGGCAAUCCUGCCGAUUACCAUCCACAUUUUGCCAAAUUUAUGCUCCCUAAAGUUGCAAAGUAGACAAUUAAUUAGUUUAUUUUACACACUCAUAGUUCUGAAUUAUGUAAUCUACACCAAUUUUCUCACCAAUCUGUGGAAGGAUUUUUAUGGCUUUGCUUGGACAAUCUACUCAGUACUGAAUACAUAAACAUUCACCAAACAUCAAAUUCCGAAGUCAGACAUCAUAGAAGCUUCCACAAUUUAUGAAGAAAAUGAUACUGGUACCAAAAAAAACACACACA